AUGAUUUGGCUAUCUGAAAGACAAAAAUUUGGAGUUGGAUUCACUGCAGGUGGAAUAUUCUUUUUCCUUUUUGGAAUCUUGACAUUUUUUGAUUCAGGUUUCUUAGCAUUAGGUAAUAUCUUAUUCUUAAUUGGAUUGGUACUUAUAAUUGGUCCUCAAAGGACGGUUACAUUUUUCACUAGACCAACCAAGCUUAGAGGUACUUUAUGUUUUGCAGUUGGUAUCCUUUUAAUUUUAAUGAAACAUGCAUUUAUUGGAUUUAUCUUAGAAAGUUUCGGUAUAUUAGGAUUAUUCGGAGAUUUCUUUGGUACCAUUGUCCAAUUCUUAAGAUCGAUUCCUUACAUUGGAGAUUUAUUAAAUCAUCCAUAUAUAGCCCCAACCAUUGAUAGAUUAGCAGGUGUUAACACUUUACCAGUUUGA